AAAGUGUGUCAAGGUGAAGGUUGGUCAUUGAAGUUGAACAAAACAAAUGCGAUUUCAUGUGGCGUGCAGUUCUUACACGAGGAAGCAGUCUUAUAACCCUACAUAAUAUAAAAGGGUGUUCUUUUAAAUAUUUUAGCACCGAAAUGGACAGUAUUAAACUUGGAAAGAAGUCUGCAGCUUACAUAGCUGUAGACGAAAACAUACAGGAUAACCAAGUAAUAGGAAUAGGCUCAGGAUCAACAAUAGUAUAUGCAGCAGAACGAAUAGCUCAGAAAGUAAAAGAAGAAAAACUGAAAUUGGUUUGCAUUCCAACCUCAUUUCAGGCCAGACAGUUAAUUUUAGAUAAUGGUCUGACACUCAGUGACUUGGAGAGAAAUCCAGAGUUGGAUGUGGCUCUUGAUGGGGCAGAUGAAGUAGAUUCCAGAUUUAAUCUAAUCAAAGGAGGAGGAGGAUGCCUUACACAAGAAAAAAUCGUUGCAUCAUGUUCAAAGAAGUUUAUUGUCAUUGCAGACUUCAGGAAAGAUUCUCAAGUCUUGGGAGAACACUAUACAAGAGGGAUCCCUAUUGAAGUUAUCCCUAUGGCAUACAAGCCUAUUAUGAGGAAAAUUAAAACACUGUAUGGAGGUUCUCUAGAGCUUAGAAUGGCCAGGGCUAAAGCUGGGCCCUUGAUAACAGAUAAUGGCAAUUUCAUCAUAGACUGGAAAUUUGAAAGUGGAGACCAUGACUGGAAAAAAGUGAACACAGAAUUGCUAAUGAUUCCAGGUAUUGUGGAAACUGGGCUAUUUAUCAACAUGGCAAAUAAAGCAUACUUUGGAAUGCAAGAUGGAACCAUCAAGGUGCGGGAACCAGAGCCUCUUACCAAUGGAAAUGGAUUUAUCACGAACAGUGAAAAGUAGUAAAAAAGAGGAUUUGCAAUUACUAUCAAAUAAUAUCUUAGGCUCAGUUCCCAUGCCUAGAUCGAUCUAACAGGAUCGCUCCAUCUCCACGGGGUUUCUCGCUAAAUUGCUUUCAGCC